AUGUGUCUGCGUGACGAGGGGACGUGUGACGUUAUGUGGGUAGCACUGGUGGCAGUGAUUCUUAUGGUGAUGGUGACCAAAGGUGCCCGUCGUCAGUCCCUCCUCUCCCCAUUACUGGACCUGGAUCUGGAUCUGGAUCUCGAUCUGGACACUCAUUACCAGCUUGUGCAUCUCACUGCUGAUAUCAUGUCAGAACCCUCCUCCAGCUUCCAGUCCGAGGAUGAUGUCGUUUUCUCUGAUUCGGGCCCCGACCAUUCGUCCCUCUUCUCACCUACCAACUACGCACCCACCCGUCCUGUAUCUAACGCUACAGGUGAUGAUGAUAUUGUGUCUAUCCCGGACAUCGUAGACGAAAUCAGGUUUCUGAACAAGGCAAGCGGGUCGAACACAGAAGUCCCGCGAGUCAGGUUUGAAAACCCCGUGCUGGGCUUGUCAAAUCUUGUAGACAAGAUCGCUGCACCCGAGUUCAAAAAUAGUGCUGCGGUUUCCACUGAACGCGGUAUACCAACGAACUCUGGAAAAGCCAAGCGUAAAACAGUCGCUCAGGUCCACAGCACGGGUGUCGCUACGUCUAAACGUAAACGAUCAAGAUCUCCCCCACGAUCGACAGACGAGUCAGCUGUGAAUGAACCGAGCACUAUAGACUCUUGUUUGAACUGGAAUCAGGAGCUGUUAGAUUCGUGGGAUGCAUGUGUAUUUACCCCGGUUCCCGGAGACGAUCUGCCUUCAAACCAAGAAGCAUUUGGUCGCGAUGCUACUGAUGUUAUAGACAAUAACAGAGACUCGGCGGAGGUGAUACGAACCGGGUUCAAGGCCAUCGAGGACCGUAUUGCUGGUUUUGAAAAGACUUUUGCCAGCGUCACCGAGCGUCUGGACAUUAUAGAGAAGAAUCAGCGUCUUUAUAAUCAAAGUCUUGUGGAAACUUUACAAAAACAUACCAUCACACAUAAAGAAAUCAUAGCAAACCAGAGGCGUCUUAUUGGGGACAUUCGUCGCGUUGAUCACAAUCAACACCUGACGGCGGAAUUGUUAAAACAGUUUGUACAGUUAGUUAAAAACAAGAAACUCGGGUGA